AUGGGAAGUCUGGCCUAUAUGGAAGAAAUGAAUGUUUCUAAUAUGAGGAACAUCAUCCUAAAGCUUCCAUACAAGCUCAGAGAGCAGUGGAGGAACAAGGCCUGUGACCUACAGGAGAAGCAAGGCCAUCGUGCCAUUUUCCCAGACCUUGUACUGGAACCCUGGGAGGUGGUCAAUAGCCAGGAGGACGGGCCAUAUGCAGUGAGGACCCUAUUGGGAUGGGUCAUUUAUGGUCAUUUAAUAGGAGAUGACACCAGCAGGCAUAAUGGCUGCCCUGUUGCUGAUGUCAAUAGAAUAUAUAUUCUAAACCUGGAGGAGAAAUGCUUUGCCUACGACAAGAUGGAGAAAACCAAGACACGUCUCCAGCAAGAGUUGGACGACAUGGUGAUAGAUCACGACCAACUUCGACAAACUGUCACCAAUCUGGAGAAGAAGCAGAAGAAGUUUGACCAGAUGCUGGCGAAAGAGAAAAACAUAUCUGCACGCUAUGUAGAGGAGCGAGAUCGGGCUGAAGCCGAGGCCCGUGAGAAAGAGACCUGUAUACUGUCUUUGACCCGCGAGCUGGAAACUCUAAUGGAUCUAAAGGACGAGGUGGACCGCGACAACAAACUGCUUCGGGCUGAAAAUCAGAAUCUGGUGUCAUCCAAAGAUGAUGUUGGAAAGAGCGUGCACGAGCUGGAGAAGUCCAAGCGUGCCAUGGAUCAGCAGCUGGAGGAGAUGAAAACACAGCUUGAGGAACUAGAGGAUGAGUUGCAGGCCACGGAAGAUGCCAAGCUGCGUCUGGAGGUCAACAUGCAGGCCAUGAAGGCCCAGUAUGAGCGGGACCUGUCCGGACGUGACAAGAUGGGUGAGGAGUUCAAGAGGUCUCUGAUCAAGCAGGUCCGCGAAAUGGAAAUAGAGCUGAAGGAUGAGCGCAAGCAGCGUUCUGGUGCCGUUGCUGCACGUAAAAAACUGGAGCUGGAACUGGAGGCGGGCAUCGACAUGGCAAACAAGCACCGUGAGGAAGCCCUCAAACAACUGAAGAAACAGCAGGCCCAGAUGAAAGAACUUAUCAGGGGACUGGAUGACACUCGCAUGUCUCGAGAGGAAAUUCUGGCCCAGAGUAAGGAGUCUGAGAAGAAGUUAAAGGGUAUGGAAGCUGAUAUGCUCCAAAUGCAGGAGGAGGUGGCUGCUGCAGAACGAGCCAAGCGACAGGCUCAGCUGGAGAGAGACGAGUUGCAGGAUGAGAUGAACAAUCAGGCCACCAAGAAUGCUCAAAUCGCAAAGGAGAGGAGACGUUUGGAGGCACGUAUCGCUCAGCUGGGAGAGGAGCAGUGCAACACGGAGCUGGUUAAAGACAGCCUGAAGAAGUCCAUGCUGCAGACUGAUCAGAUGAACGUGGAGCUGACCUCAGAUUGCAGCUCCUUUCAACGUGUGGAAGGCACCCACGCCCAGCUGGAGCGUCAGAACAAGCAGCUGAAGCUCAAGCUGCAGGAGCUGGAAGGAGAGGUGAAGUCCAAGUACAAGGCCAACAUGGCCGCCCUUGAGGCCAAGCUUGCUCAGCUAGAGGAGCAGCUGGACAUUGAGACCUGGGAGCGGCAAGGUGCCACCAAGCUUGUGAGGCGAACUGAGAAAAAACUGAUAGAGCUGGUUCUGCAGGUGGAUGGUGAGAGACGCAACACCGAGCAGUACAAAGACCAGGCAGACAAGUUGAACGCUCGCAUGAAGCAGAUGAAGCGGCAGCUGGAGGAGGCCGAGGAGGAGGCUCAGAGGGCAAACACCUACCGAAGGAAGAUACAGAGGGAGCUGGAGGAUGCCACAGAGUUAGCAGACGCCAUGACUCAUGAAGUCAGCACCCUCAAGAGCAAGCAUCCGACCAACCCAAAUCUUGUCUACAUAAUGAAAAUUCAAGAUUAA